AUGAGCAAUAUCAGAUUUAUGAACCCUUGCACCAUUCAGUGUGACUCUUGUGGAGAAAUCAUUCCGCCCCGUAGAAAGUUUAAUGGGAAUAAACAAUUAUUGAAGGAAAAAUAUCUUGAUAAAGUGAAGAUAUAUACCCUAUCAUUUCAUUGUCCACAAUGUCAUAAUUUGCUAGUUUUACAGACAGAUCCACAGAGAGCCGACUAUAUCACAAAAUCUGGAUGCCAUAGGUUGUUUCAUGAUAGCAGCUCGACAGAAGGUGUCGAUACCACUAAGGGAGAUGAUGUCGAUAACGAUAAGACAAAACAAAUUGAAAGCCGGUUGAAAAAAUUACAAAAACAACAAUCGCAGAUGGAUGAACUGAGUAAAAUCCAAGAAUUACAGUCAAAGAUCCAUCAGCAAGAAAUGUUGACUAUGGGUUCAACCAAAGUGGAAAAGUGUGAUAGUGAAGGUGAUGCUGACGCUAAUGAUGUUGUUCCUGGUUUUACAACCAAGUUUUAUUCGGAAAAUUCAAUAUUCCCGAGACCUGAAAAACAGGUCUCAAAACAAUUCGAAGAAGAGUCCACUACUAUUAACACUUCAGAUUUGAUUAAACUAAGAACAACACACAUUAAUAACAACAACAACAGUAAGAAUAAUAACAAUAAGACACUAGAUAAAAAGAAUUCAUCUUUAUCGUUAGGAGUUAUCAUUAAAAACAAAAAGAAGAAAGGUAGAAUUGUUAAAAAAAAAUAA